UUUUCGAACCCAACUAACAUCCUCUCUCUCUCUCUUUUUCUAAAACUCUCUCUCUUUCUGUCUCUGUUUCUACCUCUAAACGGACCGGCGAGCGAAAUCUCGCCGGAAUUUCGCCCAUCCCUCGUCGGAAGCUUCGGUUUUUUUUUUUUACUACUACGACUCCGAACUUCUCCGGCAGAGGAAAUAAUUUAUUUAAAAAUUGAGGUUUUAACAGAAACAAACAAAGUAAAUAUUCGGCGUCUCUGUCUGUCUCUCUCUUUUCAAAUUCUCCUUUUGUUUGUGGUUGUAAAUGAUAGCUUGCAAGCAAUUGCCAGUGCAGGUUCUAAGAAAAGCUGCUCUCAGAUCUCUUUGUUUUCUCUCUCCCUCUCUCUAGCUCCUUUACUUUCCCUCUUCUGAUUUUUUUUUUCUUUCCAAGUUUUAGAGAGAGAAUGAGAGCGAGCAAAAUUGGACAUGGCAGUCAAUGCUAGAGACUUCUGUGAUAUUAGAUGAAGAGCCAUCCGGCCUGAGAAUCUUUGGAGUUUUUCUUUCUCUUGCGAGCGUUUCUGUUUUGUGAGUUUCGGUAUGCCAUUUGAAGUAAUGGAUCAUCGGGGCGUGUCUGCCUCGCCUCACAUCUUUGAAGAAGUUUCUUUUCCUUCGGAGAGAGAAGUUGGAUAUCAGAAACCCAAAGGCAUGAUUCAUCACCGAGCAGGAACUAACGGAAUGGUAGCAAUGCCUGGAAACAUGUUGGAUGCUUCAUCACGCCUGGAAAAACUUUUGCCUAUUGGGGCACACUUGGUGGAUUGUUUGAAACUGCCACAGUCAAAUCUACUCAGAGACCAAAUGGAAAAGCUUUGUGUUGGUGGAGAAGAAGGCAUUACUGGUUUGUCCAAUGCUUCACAGAAAUCUAUGCAUCACCAGAUGGAAUCAUGGCCAAAUGUGUGCAUGCAGCCACCUUCUCUUAGUUUGAAUGGAAAGAGGACUGUUAUUAAUGGCAACAAACGUGAAAGUGUUCUGUUUUCAAGCUCAUUGUCUGAAAUAUAUAGUAGAAAGUUGGGAUUGUUCGGAAAUGAAGUUUCAUCUCAUCAGCCUGCUAAUGCUGUUGCUUCCCACCAUCAUGAAGAACCAUUUGAAUCUCUUGAAGAAAUUGAGGCCAAAACGAUUGGAAAUCUCCUUCCUGAUGAAGAUGAUCUGUUUUCUGGUAUGAUUGAUGAACUUGGAUGUAAUACUCAUGCCAAUAGUGGUGAUGACUUCGAAGAUUAUGAUCUGUUCAGCAGUGGAGGAGGCAUGGAAUUAGAAGGGGAUGAUCAUAUGUGUGUGGGGCAAAGAAAUCCUAAUUAUAUCAGGGGACUUUCCAAUGGCCAGGGGGGUUCUAAUGGCUCAGUUGUUGGUGAACACCCUUAUGGUGAAUACCCAUCUAGAACACUUUUUGUGAGAAAUAUUAAUAGCAAUGUUGAAGACGCUGAACUAAAGGCUUUAUUUGAGCGACAUGGAGACAUUCGAACCCUCUAUACAGCCUGCAAGCAUCGUGGGUUUGUUAUGAUUUCUUAUUAUGACAUUAGGGCAGCCCAAAAUGCAAAGAAAGCGCUACAAAAUAAGCCACUGAAGCGUAGGAAACUUGACAUACAUUAUUCAAUACCGAAGGUCAAUCCUUCUGAAGGAGAUAUUAACCAGGGUACCCUGGUGGUAUACAACCUUGAUUCUUCUGUUUCAGAUGAUGAGCUUCGCCAAAUUUUUGGUUUUUAUGGAGAAAUCAAAGAAAUCUUUGAUACUCCACAUAAGUGUCACCCCAAAUUCUUAGAGUUCUAUGAUGUUCGAGCUGCAGAAGCUGCUCUUCGUGCCUUGAAUAAGAGUGAAAUUUCUGGGAAACAGAUCAAGAUUGAACCAAGCCAUCCAGGAAUUGCAAGAUGUUUGAUGGAACAGUCUGAGCAGGAGCAAGACGGACUUAAUCUUUGCCCAAGCCCUUGUGACAAGUCAACAUCUGGACGCAUGGCGACCGGUUCUCCUGGGGUCAUAACAUCUAACUGCGUGGAUAAUGGAUCUAUCCAUGGUUUACAUUCUGUAUCCCGAUCACCUGCGAGUUCAUUUAUUGAAAAUGCAUUCCCUCAUAGGAGUUCAAGCGUCCCGAACAACUUGCCCUCUCCGGUUGGAGUGGCAUCCAUUGGAAAACAAUUUGGCCUUUGUGAGUCCAACCAUUCUCUGAAUGAAAUGAAGUUUGCUAACCAAUGCAUUCCCAGUUUCCAUCCUCACUCCUUCCCGGAGUAUGAUGAUAGUUUAGCCAAUGCUAUUCCAUGCAAUUCUUCAAGCAAUAUUGCUGAUAUGGCUGUCAAUCUCGGUCCUAGAAUGACAGAAGGAAUUGACAGUAGGCAAAUUCGCAGAGCAAAUUCGAACAUUCACCCAUUGGAACUCAAUGGAGGAGUUUUUGGUUCUUCUGGAAAUGGGAGCUGUCCCCUUCAUGGACAUCAAUACACGUGGAAUAAUUCCAACUCAUAUCAGCAACAUCAUUCUAAUCCCAUGAUUUGGGGGAAUUCACCAUCAUUUGUCAAUGCUCUUCCUGCUCAUCACCUUCCACAAAUGCCUGGAUUUCCUAGAGGAUCGCAUCAAUUGCUGAAUACGUCCCCUAUGCAUCACCAUGUUGGAUCAGCUCCGACCGUAAAUCCCUCCCUCUGGGACAAGCGACAUGCCUAUUUAGGGGAGUCUCCUGAAGCUUCUAGUUUUCGCUUGGGUUCUCUUGGGAGUGUGGGUUUUCCUCAUGGUUCUCUAUUGCAUCCCAUCGAAAUUUCUUCUCGUAGCACCUUUUCUCAUGUUGGUGGAAAUUGCCCGGAUGUGUUGACAAGUGCUGGGCAACACUCUCCCCAGCAGAUGUGCCACAUUUUCCCUGAGAGGAUCCCGAUGAUUUCAAUGCCAACAUCUUUUGAUUCUCCUAGUGAACGCGUGAGAAACCUUUCUCACCGUAGAAAUGAAGUGAAUUUUCAUGCCGAUAAGAAACAAUAUGAACUUGAUAUUGACCGCAUAUUGCGUGGGGAAGACAUCCGCACUACACUGAUGAUAAAGAACAUUCCCAACAAGUAUACUUCUAAGAUGCUUCUCGCUGCAAUAGACGAGUACUGUAGGGGAACCUAUGAUUUUAUCUAUUUGCCAAUUGACUUCAAGAACAAAUGCAAUGUGGGCUAUGCGUUCAUCAAUAUGAUUGAUCCUCGUCAGAUUAUUCCAUUCCAUCAGGCAUUCAAUGGCAAAAAAUGGGAGAAGUUUAAUAGUGAAAAGGUGGCAUCCCUUGCAUAUGCUCGAAUUCAAGGAAAGGCUGCUCUUAUUGCUCAUUUCCAAAAUUCAAGCUUGAUGAAUGAGGAUAAACGUUGCCGCCCUAUUCUCUUUCAUACCGAUGGUCCAAAUGCGGGUGAUCCGGAGCCCUUCCCCAUGGGUACCAAUAUUCGAUCAAGACCAGGCAGGCCUCGAGCUAGCAGCACCGAGGAAAACCACAACCAAGGGAACCCUUCAACUUCUGCAAAUAGAGAGGAAUAUUCCAAUGGAUCGGAUUCUUCAAAGGACUCCGAUUGAGCAAGCCGAUCUGCCUGAGGCACUAACUUUAGAACCCUGUAUUGGAGUACAAAAUCACAUUAACCCCAAUUGUUAUAUCAGACCUUUUCUGACAACUUCUGGCUGUAGAGAAGCACUUGUGCAAGAUUUUGGAAACCAGUGCACACAACCAGACCCAAGUGACUUACUUCCUAAGUUUCUUUGUUUCACUAAUUUUUUCACAUUGGGGGCCUUAUAUAGAGAAUCCCUUAAGCAGAGGCUCCAAAUUUUGGCUAGUCUUGAGUGAACAAUUUUACUAUGGACAUAAGUUCCCAAGGGAUGUUUGCCCACUUUUAUGUGCAGUUCGUGGGGGCGCUUGGCUGUUUUUGUUUUCAAUUAUUUAUGUUGAUAUUCCUAAAUUAAUCUCCCUUUUGUUUUCUUAAAUUUUUUGUGUCUUUGUGAGAUCUGUUUUCGGGUCUACCCCGAGUGACGAGUGUGAUUGCUCAAGGAGAGAGAAUGUGCAAAAAACGUAUUUGAUUAUUGUCAUUGAAAUUUUGAACUGCUACUAUGAAUGAAUAUUCUCUUUUCUACCUGAUUA